AUGCAAAAAGCUAAGAAAGUCGUUGAAAACCUCACUUCCCACGAUGGGAGGCAUGAUACCACCGUCGACGAAGAUACGCGACGGCCCGUGACUGAGGAGCACGUUCGGCCCCAGGAGCAUGAAAGCGUACGGACUGCUGUGGAGAAAGAGAUCCAUCGAGAUCAUCACCAUACAACUGUUCAGCCCGUUCAAGAUAAAGAAACUCUCCCUGAGAAACACACUCACAAAGUCUUACCCACUGAGCACAAAACCUUUGAGCACGGCGGCAACAACGAGAUUGAAGGAUUGCUUCAACGUGACGCAGCCAAGUACAAGGACACUUCUGCCGUCCAUGACACCAAAUUCACCUCCUCCGAAGCACCCGUCGUCUCCGGUGAGCGAUGGCACCACCACGUUCACGAGCACGUCCAACCGGUUAUCGAAAAAGAAACUGUAGCCCCCAAGGUUGUCCACACGACUGCCCCUGUUCAUGAAACUCACCAGGCCACGGCGGCACACCAUGGGACUAAGGUUUUGCCUCCUAAGACAAUGGAGGAAUUCACCGGCGGUCGAGGUUCACUUGAGAGUAGCGGGCUUCGCAAGACUAGUGAACAUGAGGGUUGUCCGACAUUUGACCAAAGGGAUUUGGAAUCUAGUCAGAGGCAGGGGGUUGAUCGCUGA